ACAUUCAAACGAAGCGGAAGUCCCAUGGUUCCUCACGCGGGAUGGGGAGGAGGACGGAAACCAAAAUGGCGGAGUUGAAUUCUCUGAUGGACGGAGAGAUUCCUGCGGGAAGACAAGCCCUGCAGGAGUCGCAGUUCAACUUACAGAGGGUCGCCGACUACUGCGAAAGCAACUACAUACAGAGCCAGGACAAGAGAACGGCACUGGAAGAGACAAAGAGCUAUACGACACAGUCGCUAGCCAGUGUGGCGUACCAGAUCAACUCCCUCGCCACCAACAUGCUGCAGAUGAUGGACAUCCAGGCUAACCAGCUACAGAAGAUGGAGUCAGCCAUCAACCACAUUUCUAUGACUGUGGACAUUCACAAAGAAAGUGCGAGGAGAGAAAUCGGCGUGCUGACAACCAACAAAACAGCCACGAGAACACACAAGAUCAUGGCGCCCGCGCGCCUCGACCGACCCGUCAAAUACGAGAGAAAACUGAUUGACUAUUCCCUUCUGGACGAUGUCGGACACGGUGUCAAAAUCACGCAGUCCAAAACCCCCCCACAGAGCUCGCUCAGAGUAGCCACCCCCACCACCCCUCCCGCCAUGCAAACCACCAACAAGUCGUCCGACUACAGAACGCCACAGGUAGUUAGAACCCCAAUAGUUCCCAACGAGUACACGCCGUCCCCCGUCAACAACCGGCCAGGCUCCGUCUCCUCACAGUACCAGAGAUCGUCACACGCGAGGUCCAUUAGUGCCCCUCCUCCAGUGGCCCCUCCACCCCCGCCUGGCUCACAGCAGGGAAUGGUACAGUCCAUGGGCCAGCAGGGGGAUAUGGCAGCUGUCAAUCAUGGCGGUGGAGCCCCGCCCCCUCCACCAGCCCCGCCCCCUAUGGUGAGCGCUGGGCAACAGCAGAUGAACUAUGCCACAGUGCACAGAUCCAGUGGACGGCGUGGCCAGGCAGAACACAGACCGCCUGAGAUGACAGCGCCGGGUUACCGGACCCUCCCCAACAUGCGCCGGUCUAACGUCCCUGCAGAGGACCCAGGAUACAGAAUGAAUGCAGGGUCACAGGAAGACUCUGGGUAUAGGUACGGCUAUCGGACAAGCCAAGGGCCUGGAGGAGAGGAGCCUGGCUAUAGAAGGAUAAAUGCCACCUCUCAGCUGCCCAUGGCUAACGGUGGGGUGGGCAUGAGGCCUCCACACAUGCAACAAGUCUCACAGGCAUCAAUUUCCCCGACCCCACCGCCGCCCCCGCCACCGGACAUGGAGAAUGACAUGUUUGAUUACGGACACUCCCACACACCGCCGCCACCACCACCGCUAGGGCACGAUAACGAUGACAACUGGAUGCCACAACAGUUCUUAGAGAAAGUGGUCGCGGUGUAUGAUUAUGAGAGGGAACGAGAGGAUGAGCUGUCGUUUAACGAGGGUCAGAUUAUCUACGUCAUCAAGAAGAACGAGGACGGCUGGUACGAGGGCGUGAUGAACGGCGCCCAUGGACUCUUCCCAGGAAACUACGUUGAACCUUUAGGAACGUAAAGCGCUCACUAGACCUCCUAGAACAGCUGGGCAGAAGGCCCACGGACAGAAUGAGAAGUCUACCCUGGACAGGGUUCUAGCUAGCGCGAAGUAGCGUAGGGGCCCCUACGCUAUAAUUUUCACCCCCACGCUAAAUUUCCCCCCCUACGCUAUAAUUUUGACCCCCUACACUAAAUUUUCCAUACAGCAUUGGGGCAUUGUGACUGUGUUUCUUUGUUCAAGAAUGCCAGAUCAAAUGUGAAAAAUUACCAAUCAAGGAUACAUUGUACAUACCUUUAACGGGCUUAGAAAUAACAUUUUUUCCCUUUGGGUAUCCCUCAAAUGGCCCCUUUUUUAGCUCAAUUUUUUAGAAGCUCUGCCCCAUCCCCCCUCUUGGUCGCUUUGCUCCCUUGACAUGCGUCCAGUACCACUACGCUAAAAUUAAAUCCUAGGUAGAACCCUGCUGGAAUCUUUGACAACUACUGUAUUGUGGAAAAUGUCCAUGGAAUGAUGAGUGAACAGAUUCUCAUGAAUUCCUGAGGUCUUCUGCCUGCUUCGGUAGAGAUAUUUAAAAAUUGAUUAUGUUUAACAUGAUUAAGAGGAUGUGCGAAUUACGCGAGGAGCGAAUUUUGGAAAAGUCCAUUUACUUGUCCUGUACAUUGAGUCAGAUUUCGUGUUACAUGUUUUAGUUUUCCAUUGAUUUAGUAACUAACAAAUGCUAUUGAUAUCUGGCACUAUGAACUUUGUCAAAAGAUAUCAAAUAUGUAGAAAAAAUUAUGCACAUUGGUGUGUGUAUUCCAUGCCAAAAAGAAUUUCAAGGAAUUUCGUACGGGAAAGUAUCCAACAUGUUUUGUUGUAAGACUUUUGUUGUAAGACACACUCAGAAACAUUCUUUUCUUGUUAAACAGUUGGAUCUCUGAAAUUUGACAAGUUUGCGGACUUUUGUAAGGAAUUUCUUCCUCCAACAUGCACUGAGCAAAAUAAGGCAUUGUUAAUGUGGACAGAUAUUGUAUAUAUAAUGUAUAUCUAUACUGCCAUAGCUAUUGAGAUGUAAUGGUGCAUACGGUGACACACAACUCGUGUCAACUCUUGUUAGAGACAAAGAUGUCAAAUUCUGACGCUUCCUUUUUGCGUGUGUGCGUUUCCUCACAUGCUAAAGAAUUUCUCGGAAUUCUAAAAGAAAAGCACCUCUUCCAACUUUUUCUACUGAAAAGCAGUAGUUCUACAUCUUAGUCCAGACUCAGCUGAAAAUUUGUCAAGUGACUCCCAAUACUCCUGUGCUAAAAAAGCUGUAUAUGUACAUAAAGCACAGUUAUCAAACUUAUAAUGGCAGAAAGUUGGCAUAUUCUUAAG